AAAACGCAAGGAAGAAGAACAACAGCUGCGUUGCCAGAAAACAGAAGGCGAUAAAGAAGUUGGCGAUGUGAUAUGUACGUCAACUAUCCUGUAUUAGGUUUAAAAGUUGUGCGUAUGUGCUGUCCGCUGCAUGUCCAUGGUGUUGCUAUAAGGUGUGCUGCAGUCUCUUAAAAGGAGUACCAUGGCAAUGUGGAUCCAGGCCCAGCAGCUGCAGGGUGAGGCGUUGCACCAGAUGCAGGCGCUGUAUGGCCAGCACUUCCCCAUCGAGGUGCGACACUACCUGGCCCAGUGGAUUGAGAGCCAGCUCUGGGAUUCAGUGGAGUUGGACAACCCAGCGGAGGAAGCUAAAGCCAAGCGUCUGCUGGACAACCUGGUGACUGAGCUGCAGAGGAAAGCCCAGCUUCAGGGAGGAGAGGACGGCUUUCUGCUCAAAAUCAAGCUCGGCCACUACGCCAACCAGCUCAAGAGCACUUAUGACCGCUGUCCUUUGGAACUGGUGCGCUGCAUAAAACACAUUCUGCACUCAGAGCAGAGGCUGGUUCAAGAGGCUACAAAUGCAAGCUGUGGGAGUGGGGGGCAGGCUAUGGAUAGCCUGUCGCAGCGCCACCAGCAGAUCAACCAGGCCUUUGAGGAGCUCCGCCUGGCAACACAGGAAACUGAGAAUGAACUGAGAAAGCUGCAGCACAGCCAGGAGUACUUCAUCAUCCAAUACCAGGAGAACCUGCGCAUCCAGGCCCAGCUGAGCAGCCUGUCUUCACUGCCUCCAGCUGAGCGCACCCAGCGGGAGACCACCCUACAGAGCAAGAGGGCCACUGUGGAGGCCUGGCUCACCAGAGAGGCCAGCACACUACAGAAAUACAGGCUUGACCUGUCAGAACAACACCAGAAGACCCUGACCCUGCUGAGGAAGCAGCAGACUCUGAUCCUCGAUGAGGAGCUCAUCCAGUGGAAAAGGAGGCAGCAGCUGGCUGGCAACGGGGGUCCUCAUGAGGGUGGACUGGAUGUCCUCCAGUCCUGGUGUGAGAAGCUGGCUGACCUGAUCUGGCAGAACCGGCAGCAGAUCCGGCGCUGUGAACACUUAACCCAGCAGCUUCCUCUGCCAGGCCCUAUGGAAGAGCUGCUGAGCAAACUCAACGCUGACAUCACUGAUAUCAUCUCCGCCCUGGUUACCAGUACCUUCAUCAUUGAAAAGCAGCCGCCCCAGGUGUUAAAGACCCAGACUAAGUUUGCAGCCACAGUGCGCCUUCUGGUGGGAGGGAAGCUCAAUGUCCAUAUGAACCCACCUCAGGUCAAGGCUGUCAUUGUUAGCGAGCAGCAGGCCAAGGCUCUGCUGAAGAAUGAGAGCACACACAGUGAAAGCAGUGGAGAAAUCCUCAACAACAACUGUGUGAUGGAGUAUCACCAGGCCACUGGCACCCUCAGUGCGCACUUCAGAAACAUGUCACUGAAGCGGAUCAAGCGUUCGGACCGCAGAGGUGCAGAGUCAGUGACGGAGGAGAAGUUCACAGUUCUGUUUGAAUCCCAGUUCAGCGUUGGGGGCAAUGAGCUGGUCUUCCAUGUCAAAACCUUAUCGCUGCCUGUGGUAGUGAUCGUCCAUGGCAGUCAGGACAACAACGCCACAGCAACAGUCCUGUGGGACAACGCCUUUGCUGAGCCAGGCAGGGUGCCGUUCAUUGUGCCAGACAAGGUGCUGUGGCCCCAGCUGUGCGAGGCCCUCAAUAUGAAGUACAAGGCAGAGAUGCACAGUGGCCGUGGCCUGUCAGAAGAUAACCUGGUCUUCCUGGCGCAGAAGGCUUUUACAAGCAGCAGCAACAACCCAGAGGACUACCGCAACAUGACCAUAUCCUGGGCUCAGUUCAACCGGGAGAGCUUACCUGGACGCAACUUCACCUUCUGGCAGUGGUUUGACGGAGUUGUGGAGCUCAUGAAGAAACAUCUCAAGCCUCACUGGAAUGAUGGGGCCAUCCUGGGCUUUGUAAACAAGCAGCAGGCGCAGGACAUGCUGCUGUCCAAACCCAAUGGCACCUUCCUGCUGAGAUUCAGCGACUCCGAGAUCGGAGGCAUCACCAUCGCCUGGGUGGCUGAGAACCCUAACAAACCCGGUGAGAGGCUGGUCUGGAAUCUGUUGCCUUAUACAACCAAGGACUUCUCCAUUCGCUCCCUGGCUGACCGCAUCAGUGACCUGAACCACCUUCUGUUUCUCUACCCUGACCGGCCCAAAGAUGAGGUCUUCGCCAAGUACUACACCCCUCCACUCUCAAAAGCAGUGGAUGGAUACGUAAAACCACAGAUCAAACAAGUUGUGCCAGAAUUCACCACCCCGAACCCUGAACCCAGUGGAGGAACUCCGACAUUCAUGGACCAGACAGCUUCUCCUUCUGUGAGCCACCCCAACAACUUUGGUGUCUACCCUUCUAUGAGUGACACCAUGUUGGAUGCAGAUGGAGACUUCGACCUGGACGACACGAUGGACGUGGCCCGCCAUGUGGAGGAGCUGCUCCGCCGGCCUAUGGCCAACCAGUGGAGCAGUCAGCAGUCCUGAACCUGCUUUACACCUUAAGGUCAUCUCCAUCUUAUCUAACAGAAACACCCACACCUGUAAUUCCCACUGGGCUGCAACCUCAGCAAGAAAUUUCCUGUCUUUAUCAGUCACUCUGGCAGAUCAACAUCACAAUUCACUAUUCAUCUUCAGUUUUAGCUGCCCACAGGAGUUUUGGAAGAGAACAGGUCUGAAUAGCCUUCUACUUGCUUAAGUGUCUCUGUAGAGAAAGUAAACGUACCAUCAAGAGUCAAUAAGACGGUGUAGUCCCUCAUUCGUCCAGGAGUGUUCUAUAGUAGAAAAGGUUUCAGUCGUAGUCAUCUGGACACUGUUUUCAGAAUCAAGACGUUUCGGCUCCCAUCCGGAAGUCAUUCUCAAUUGUGAAAAAACUGGACGGGAACUAGAAAUUUAAGCUACUCUGUGUUACAUAAACCACCAUUUCUGUUCAAAGAGGGGUUCUCUUUUUUCACACAUGCACAGCGCUCUGCACAGCGGAUUACAGAACGCUGUGCAUUUGCAUCUAAAAGCUACAAACCACACAUUUGAAGACAGCGAGGUGAAGAUUCUAAGUAGAGAGAAGAGUUGGUUUGAACGGGGCGUCAAGGAAGCCAUUUUUGUGAAAAAAGAGAACCCCUCUUUGAACAGAAAUAGUGGUCUGAGAUUUAAUCUGCCCAAAGUCUAUCAGAGUGUAUUAUCACCUUGGUCACAUGCUAAUCAGGUACUUAACAGUGAUGAAGUAGAUGCAGCCAGAAAACAAUAGGCCUGAUUACUGAUUACUGGGCCAUCUUGGAACCAUUAGGUCAGUUUCAGGUGAAACUAGCUAUUAACAGAUACUCAGGCAGAUUCCUUCCUGAGGGCAGGGCUUAUGUAACACAGAGUAGCUUAAAUUUCUAGUUCCCGUCCAGUUUUUUCACAAUUGAGAAUGACUUCCGGAUGGGAGCCGAAACGUCUUGAUUCUGAAAACAGUGUCCAGAUGACUACGACUGAAACCUUUUCUACCAUCAAGAGUCAAUGUUACUGCCAUUUGACAGAGGCUGGUUUUAUUGUCCUCUCCCCCUACCAUACUUUUUAAGGGCUGUCUUGUGGAGCUGGUUUGGGUCAAUGGGAUUUUUGGGAACACUGAGACAUAAUUAGUUUUUAUGUGCAUUCAUAUGUUUGAUGAGCUUUUAGCUGGCACUGGGAGACUUUUGCAUAAAAAUUCACAGUAAACAAGCUAGCAUCAAUAAAAAAUAUUUUAAAGGUUUUCUUUUCCAUUUACACAAUUAACAUUGGUUAAUGUGACUAAAUGCUAAUAAUAAUAAUAAUUUUAUUAGUAUCUUGUAAAUCCAGAAAAUUCGUAUUUAAAAAAAAAAAGACUUAAAGUGAGACUAUGUAACCUUUGCUGAACAUCAGCCACUGUGACCACAAGUAGUAUUUAUAGGUCAAUGGCAAGUGGUUUCUUAAACCCCAAUUCUGUGUCCUCUGAGGCUGCAGCAAGCAGUCCUAUUAGCUUUAAAGCUUAAAUAAAGCUUCAUUCGCUUUAUUAAACCUCCUUCUCCCUAGCGGUCCAAAGUUCCUGUGCUAGCGGUGUAAACACCAACACUCCCAUGCUGCUCCGAGCUCCCGUUCUGGACAGAGGGGUGGCUGUGGCUUAGUGGUAGAGCGGGUCGUCCACCAAUCGGCGGUUCGAUCCCGGCUUCCCUCAGUCCACAUGUCCUUGGCAAGACACUGAACCCCAAAUUGCUCCCCCAGUUACUUUAGCAACAAGUAAAGCUAUCUGUCCAUCAGACAGGUGCGCGAAAGACGUCAGUUGAGUGGUCUGGGCGAUAGGAUCUCAGUGCGUCGGGUGCAUUCACGCCUGUACUUAGAGCUGUCCACUUGUGAUCAAAUCACCCAAGACCCAUGUUAAUGCCGGGCCUAUAAAAACAGAUGUAUUGCAAGACCAAUUCCCACCUCAAUCUUAAUAUACUAACGUAUUUUGUGGAUUAUUGAUAUAGCAGUAGAUUUUAAGGUGGAGAGUUAUUAUUGUACAGGCCAAAUGUUUACUACAUGAUGUACAUUUAUAUUAAAAGUACAGGGUGAUGCAUUAUUUUGUGAUAAUCAAAACUGCAAUUAGAGUGAUAAUACACUGUAUAUAGUUUCAGUGGUAUUUCUGAAUUAUUUCCUCAACAGUUAGAGACUUGAACUAAGGGUGAACUGUAAAAUCACAAAACUAAAACCAAUGAAUGCCCAGCAGUAUUAUGCUGAGUUUCUCAUAAUCAUCAUCAUUUUGACACAGCAAUCAACUGUGUUUUAAACCCCCAGCAAUUUCUGGUUUAGCUGAAUCCAUUCUAAACCACAGCUUAGCUAGUCAGAUACUAAGUGACACAGCGGCAGCCUUUGGUGUGUUUACUUUGAGUUUUACUUUUGUGGAAAACCAUCAAAAUGUUUUCUGUAACAUGCUAAAACAUAGUGUAACAGUAGCACAAUUAGAGAUUACUGGUCAUACUAGACCAAGUAAGACUGUAGCAGCACAACUCCUAAAUGUGUUGAACUGAACAAGGAUGAGUUUAUUACUUAUGAAUGCAACUUUUUGUAAGUGAAUGAUUUGUAUUAUUUCUUCUUUCAAAGGUUACAUAGUCUAGGUUUAAGUACUGAAAAUGGAAUAUAAAAUCUAACUGCUAUUGUUUGGUCUUUUUUGUAUAAAAUUUUUUCUUAAUUGCUUCUAUUAGAGCCAUUCUCUGAUGCUCUUGUACUACACUGCCUCACAGCAAAAAAUGAAGUCAAUAUGUGCUUAUUGAUAUUAACACAGAUCAGAUUGCGUUUUUUUUAAUACAAAUGUUCAUACAAUCUGAUAAUUUUAACUGAUAUUUGGUCAUUAUUUAUACCUUGCAUAAUGCCCUAAUAUCCAUGAGAGCCUGAAAUGCAUCCUUGGGGUUUACCAGCCUACUCAAAUUGGGCUUCAAUAUGAAGAGCAGGGAAUAUUGUCACAUUAAAAUGUCAAAUCAUUGUCAUUAACACUUACCAAUGUCACAUCAGUUAAGUGUUACUGUGCCUGAAUUUACUAAAUACAGAUGUUGUAGUCUGUAGUCAGUGAAUGCUCUGUGCCUUGGUGAAUGUUUGUCCAACAUUUUAGAGGCUGGUUUUGGUCAUAUAAAUUUUAAGCCUGGAAAUAUGGAAAGGAAUUCCUGACCGUCACCAGUUAGUGUAAUUGUUAACUAACUGGUAUUUGUUUACCCAAAGUACUUAAAAAGUGCUGGUUCAGAAGUAUUUCACUUUCAUAAAGUCAGUAGACUCAGAAGAGACAAACUGCAGACAGCCAAAAUAUCCUGACAUUAAUCCCUAGUAUAGAUUAAGCUCCAAAAACACUGGAUCCUACAUUUCCCAUAAUGCAUCUCACUAGCAUCUCCCUCCCUGGCACGCACAUGUCUGUCAAAAUCCAUACCUCCAGCAUACAGGAUAGUAUAGUAUAAUAUUACAGUUUACUAUUUUUCUGACACCAGUUAUCAGUCUGUGUUUCAUUCAGCUCAUGUGACAACUAAAUACUACAUUUAAUUACUUAAAAAGUUUUUGUAGAGAAUUAUUAAUUCCCCACUUUUAUUCUGAAUGUCAGAUGCAUCUUCCAGAAGUUCAAAACUAACCCUUACAUUUUACUAAACAUUAACAUUACUGAACAUAUUAGGGUGUAUCAGUACAUGUGCACAGUUUAUUAAUCUGCUCACCCAUUGUAACAAUCUGUGGCCAUGGAUUUCCACACCAAUAUUAUUAGAUGACCACCUGCAGGUUCCAUAAGGCUGAGUUGUCUUCCAAAAACUCACUGGAGUUAGAUAUGUUUCUAAAUGUAGGAUAUCUUGUUUUGGAACCCAGUGGCAGUAUUUACAGGACUGCACUCUCACUGUACAUCAUAAGUCAUCAAUCUUUAAUCGUGAUUUAACAGAAUGACUUGAAGUGACCAUUGUGUUGUUUCGCUCCUCUGAUGUACUGUAUUAGCUGCCUGAUACUUGAUUUAUGUCCAAACCCAAAGUGAGCUUGACAUUUAGCCUCUUAGUUUUUUCUAAGAGUCAACUCCAACAUCUAGUGUUGCUUUGUGGAAGUGGGACUGUGGCAGUUACAGUGAAUGACUAUUACAUGUUCAUAGACAAUCUUAAACAUAUUCCAUGUACGAAUAUAUAUGUUGUCAAAAUUGAACCUUAAGUACUUUGUAUGUGCUGUCUUACAAGCUAAGCUUAGUUAUCUGUCAAUGGAUUCCUUUGGGAGAAUUCUCAUACCUCAUACUUUGUAAUACUUCUUUCAGUUUGUUUGUUUACCAUGUGUUCAACAAUGCUUCUGAAACUGCCAGAGUAUAAUCAUUUUGUCACAUCUGCACCCUCAUGAUGGAUGAAUUCAUGACCAGGAUGAAUCCUGCUCUGCAUAUAAAGCUUUUUAUAUAUUCUCAUUUAUCUUGAAAUAACCUUCAAUAAAUGUUUUUUUUUCUGUGGAGCUUUUGUGUGGAGAUACAGAGGCUCUGUCUGAUUGUUAAGGGACAGCACUGUCUAUACAGGAUAUUUUAAAGCCAUUGUCAUUAACACUGCACUACUACCAGCCUCAACCAAGGAAUGUCUAAUCCCUUUCAGAAAACACAACUCAUCCAGAAUGAAAGUUAAUACAGUAAACUAUGGAAGCAUAUACUGGACUAUAUUCAAAUGAUAAUGAUAGCUUGAAAAUGUAAUUCCACAACAGCAUUAUAAUUUUCCACAUAUGUAUGUGUUAUUUGAGUAAAAAUGAAAAUGGAAUAAUCCAAUUUUCAUUUCACAUACUUGUAUGAGCAUUUUAUGACCAUAUUAAAAUGAAAAUAGAAAAGCUAUUUGACAUUUAAUUUUCAAAAAAAGUUGUAAUCCACUGUACACUGGACAGUAUUCAAAUGUUAAUUUAAAUUUGAAAAUAUAUAAACAAUGUAACCUGAUUUUCCAUUUAUGCAAGCAAUAUUUAAGUCAAAAUGAAAAUUUCAAAAUGAAAACAGCAUUUGACAUAAUUUUAUCAUUUCAUUUUCAAAGACUUAACUUGCUGUACUUUGGACAAUAAAGCUGUCUGUCCAUCAGGAAACUCCAUAAAUCACCGAGAGUUGAGACAGAGCAGCCGGAUGACAUCAGAGGGAAAACCAUAAAAUAUGAUCUCUGUGAUGUUGCAAAUGGAGCUGCUGUGAUGUAAGAAACAUUUCAGACUCGAUCUGACAAUAAAGUAUCAUUAUCAUCAUCAGCCAUUUUCACCAAAAUCAGUGAAUAAAGUUAUAGAAGUUGUGUGUUUUUGUACAGUAAUCUGAGGCUUGGCCCCCAGAAAUGCUGAGACGUCUAUCUAAUUAAUUCUUGUCUCAUUUGUGGUCUGAUAAACAGUAAAUUCAUCAAAUUCUGUGCCUCAUAUAGCUAGUUUCACCAAAAUCAGUGAAUACAGUUAUAAAGUUGUGUUUUUGUACAGUAAUACAGUAGUCAGUGAGCCUGGCCGCCUUCUCCUCUUUCUGCCAUAGCGGACUGUGUACAUGAGCAAAGCAGAAGAUGUUCAACCAAGUGACUGAAGACCCGCUUUGAUGAGAGCACUGACGAUUUUCAUUUUCAUUUUCAUUUGACCCCAAAAGAGCAUGGUGACAUGUAAAUGCAAAGACUGGGGGCGCUGUUUCGCUUUUUGCAUUUGAAUAUUGUCCACUGCACAGCAGGUUGUCUUUGAAAAUGAAAUGUCAAAUGUAGUUUUCAUUUUCAAAUUGUUUGAAAAUUCAUUUUUAUUUUGACUUAAAUAUUGCCUGCAUAAAUGGAAAAUCUGGUUACAUUGUUUAUAUUUCAUUUUCAACUUUGAAUUAACAUUUGAAUAUAGUCCAGUAUACACUUCCAUAGUAAACCUCAGGAAAACUCACUGAAAUAAAGGUAGAUGAGUCUAAAUCAACCAAAUAAUACUUGAUGACUCAAGUGUAGAUAGGAUAUUUUUCUAACUCUCGUGCUACUUUUGCCUCUUAUGCUUUUUGUUAGAUUGUUAAUUAAAAGCUGAAACACAAACUUUCAUGGUGUACUAAAUCAGCAAAGCGAACAAGCACUUUGAUGCUCACACCACCAGUUAUUUGAUGUUGCUAACGCAAUACUUCUCAGUACUGUUUUUGUUUGAAUCAACUUAAUGUAUGUUUGUCUUCAGUGUAAUUCAGUUUUCUAGCUUGCUGCUACUGUGUCUUUGCUACCUUCUGUACAGUUUGUGGCUUGUUUGGGAGCAAUUUACUUCCAUAUUGUGCAACAUUUUGCUGUAAGUUUGAUGCCGGGAUUGGGGACAUGAUAAUAAAAGUUUUUCUAAUUAACCAUA